AGAACAUUGUGAUGGACGUUGGCAAAGAAGGUGUAUUGCCUUCAUCGUUUUAUUUGGUGUUAGCAUCAUUGUCAACGUGUGCCAAUGCAUAGCACGAAGAAUGGAACGAAGAUUGGACCGAAUCCCCAGCAUCUAGUCCUCAAGAAUCGACUGAAUCCCCGCAACAGGCACGUUUGGCUGAGGCGGAAAAUUGGCUUUAGCAGGCACCUUUGGUUCAGCAGGAACCUUUGGUCAGCAGGAACCUUUGGUUCAGCAGGAACCUUUGGUUCAGCAGGAACCUUUGGUUCAGCAGGAACCUUUGGUUCAGUAGGAACCUUUGGUUCAGUAGGAACCUUUGGUUCAGUAGGAACCUUUGGUUCAGUAGGAACCUUUGGUUCAGUAGGAACCUUUGGUUCAGCAGGAACCUUUGGUUCAGCAGGAACCUUUGGUUCAGUAGGAACCUUUGGUUCAGCAGGAACCUUUGGUUCAGUAGGAACCUUUGGUUCAGUAGGAACCUUUGGUUCAGCAGGAACCUUUGGUUCAGUAGGAACCUUUGGUUCAGUAGGAACCUUUGGUUCGGUAGGAACCUUUGGUUCAGCAGGAACCUUUGGUUCAGUAGGAACCUUUGGUUCAGCAGGAACCUUUGGUUCAGUAGGAACCUUUGGUUCGGCAGGAACCUUUGGUUCAGCAGGAACCUUUGGUUCAGUAGGAACCUUUGGUUCAGUAGGAACCUUUGGUUCAGUAGGAACCUUUGGUUCAGCAGGAACCUUUGGUUCAGUAGGAACCUUUGGUUUAGCAGGAACCUUUGGUUCAGCAGGAACCUUUGGUUCAGUAGGAACCUUUGGUUCAGCAGGAACCUUUGGUUCAGUAGGAACCUUUGGUUCAGUAGGAACCUUUGGUUCAGUAGGAACCUUUGGUUCAGCAGGAAUCGUCAAACUGUGUAAGUUUAUUGUAAAUCUGUGGACAUUGUGUUUUUGUGUCCUACAAAAAGUACAUAGCCCUUUAAAUAACAGUAAAAUCAUCUAUAACUUAAUUAAAACAGUAACAUUACUUAAUCAACAACCCAUCUAUAAGUUAAUGAAACAACUUAAAAGUUACCCACAUGUCUUUGGUUUGGACAACACUAAUUCGUAGGUCAGAGAUUCCUGGGAGAAUUUCUGCUGCUGGUUGGCCUCAAACAGAAUUGUCUGUAGUGAAGGGUUUUAGUGCCGUGUCAUGGCCAAGCAGUUGAGAGCACCGGACUCGAGCAUACUGGUUUUUUUGGGUAUAAUCUUUUCACCAAAGAUCAGUAUUGAUAUGAAAAUAUUCAAUGUCUGCACAAAAUAAUGCAAACGUAUGUUUUUUGUAUCUCAUUGCAUUAUUACCUUGGAGCUUUUUAAAAAGAGAUACAUUUUAUGUAAAAUGUCUACAUAAAGUGACCUUAUUAAUGAUGGGUUCAAAUAAUGAUAGGGCGGGAAUUUCUGCCCUGAUUGGCUAGUGCACUACAGUGUCUUCCAGUUGUCAGGAUGUUAACUGAAAUUAUGCCAAGUCUUUCCUAUCUCUAUCGUACUCGUCUUAUAAGUAGCGUAAGACAAUCAGAGUAAAAAUAAAUCAAAUAAAAAAUUAUAUAAAAUUCCAGCUGUUUACUAAAAAAAAAGCUGUAUUUAUACACAAUGCCAUAUAUUUGGGGUGCCAUUAUUUUUGACUUGGAUAAAUCUAUCGUUUACUGAUUUUAAGCAUAUUUAGUACUGUGAUGAAAUGAAAACUUGGGUUUUAUUUUGGUGUAUAAAAAUAGAUUUUAAUGUGCAUGUUUUUUCUUUCUAAAUAAACAAGAGUAACUAAUUAAGAGAAGAGAACAGGUAUUUGAACAAAAAGUUUCAGAUUUCUAUUUUUCUUAUCAAAAACUAUGGUACGUAAUGUUGAAAUUAUUUUUGUAUACAUGGCUCACUACUAACAUUGCCAAGCAAUAACUCUCAAUGUGUUUUUUAAACAAGAACUGUAAAUAAUUUAUUUUUAAUACAAUAUAAACUUGAACUUAAAUUAUCGAAUAAAAAGUUUAUUUUGGGGUUGUAUAUGUUACUCUUAAUGUUGUUGUUUAUGUUUGUAGGACUGAAGUAUUCACAAUCUUGCUAUUAUGAAACUCAUGAAUGCCAAAGACCAAUGGCCUGGUUGUGGUUUACAACACUGACCAUCUUGCUCGGUCCUUGUUUGUAUUUUUCUAGUGUCUAAAUUGAAUUAUUUAGUGUUUGUUGUAUUUUUGUAUUGUAUCUUUGUAAUAAUUACAUGAAAUUUUUUAUCUUUUAAUGUUGUACAUUACAAUGUUGGGCAACCAGUUUAUAAAUAUACUAGAAAUUGUACUUACAAAAUAAAGUACCAUAUGGUAAAAAAUAUAAAUAAUGACACUGUAAUGUACAACAAUUUUCAAAACAAGUAUUGAAGUAAAAAAUAAUGAGAUAUAAGAAAAGACAUUUUGAGAAAGAUGGUAAUAAAAAAGGAGCGUUGCUUCAAAUAAAUA